CUUAUACCCACUAUUUUUCUCUUUUGAGCGCCCCAUUGUUCCCCCGACUCUUACCAUGGAUGUGUAUCGCUCUUCUGUCACACUCGAUGCUCGUGUAUAAUGUGGCGCAAGCGCAAACUCCCAUCCCCAGUAUAUACAGGAACUACAAGCGACACGCAAAAAGAACGGUGGAAAGAGCAGCACGCCAUUCACUCAAGUGAGGACGAGGACGAAGUUCAGGACGACAGCGAAGCUUUGGAUCCGGACGAGUGGUACAUCAACUGUAUUCUGGACGAAACCGAAUCGCAAUACUUGAUCGACUGGGAAGGACCGUGGACUCCGACUUGGGAACCAAAGGAACACGCCAGCGAUCUUGCCGUGCAGGUCUGGGAGGACAAGAAGCAAAGGCAUCGAAGCCCUGAAGAAGAACCGGAUCAGAAACCCGCCCUGCUUCACCCCUGUUUGUCCCGUGCGACAUCAUACCGGAAUCUCCGAUUGACUCUGGAGUGACCCCGAUCCCCUCUAGCAAUCCCGGUGUAUUUGAGUACGACGCUGCCUUUUCGCUCCCCAACGAACCGAGACUACCGGACGAAGUCGGAGAGACGUUGAUUACACCUUGCCCCGCGGAAACACUGCCUGGCGCAGAGAAUAUUGACGGAUUGGAUACUUGUGGGGGAACCCCGGAGCUUCCGCGCAACACCUCUUCGAGUCUGCUGGGAGCCCAAAGCCCGGCUGAAAUCUUGCCCAGCAAUCCGGC